CCGGAAAGAAAAUAUUAAUUCUGACAGAUACACAAUAGUUUUUCUAAUAUAUCUUAAACAAUGCGUCGCUUAAAUAUUGUAUUUAAAAGAAAAAUCUUAUUUUUAAACGUUUAGUACUUCAGUAAAGCGUUGUUGAAUAAGACUCUUUAAACAAAAGCCGGAUUUACUUAAGUUAAUUUGCUCUAAACUCAGUGCAAAAAUAAUCUAAAGUGGAAGUUGUUAUGCGAAAUGUCGCAAGCCACCAAAGAUAAUGCCACAUUUCACCAACUUAAGCUAGCUACCAGUUUCGUAUCAACGAGUCUUGCUGAGCCUGUGCGCCUGCGCAUUGGAAAACAGGGUCUUACAGCGGCAGCACCGCAAACCAUUCCACAACUGUUUCGUGAUUGUUGUCAGCGUUUUCCGCAUUUGCCAGCUCUGGCUUAUGAACGCCAUAACAACAACAAAGGAGCUAAUAGCCACCACCCUUUGACGACCACAACAUAUGCAGAGUACGAGCGAAAUGUCGAAAAAGCUGCACUAGCCCUUCUGCACAUCGGGCUAGCCGAGAACUCUAGCGUCUGUGUGCUGGCCCACAAUUGCCCUGAGUGGUAUUAUGUGCAGUUCGGUGCGCUGCUUGUCGGUGCCAUGGUCUCGGGCAUCUAUUUGACCAGCUCGCCGAAGGCAGUCAAACAUGCGCUGGAGGCCUCGACUGCCACCAUUUGUGUGGUUGGCGAUGCGACGCAGUUGAUGAAGGUAUAUGCCGUAAGGAAGCAGUUGCCCCUACUGCGUGCAGUUAUACUGUUGGAAGAGAGUUUCGAGGAAAAUUUGAAAGAAGGAGAGGGCUAUUACCUGUGGUCGGAUUUGAUGGCAUUGAGAUUUGAUACACAGCUGCGGCUAGAAUUGCUGCUCAAAGAGAAAGAGAUCUCGGCUAAUCAAUGUGCUAUACUCAUUUUUACGGUUGUCAAUAAAAUAUCUCCUAAAUUAACAGUAUUUUAACUGUUGUAUAAUUUUUUAGUCUGGCACAACGGGACUUCCGAAAGUAGUAAUGCUUUCCCACGAUGCCAUCGUAUCAAAUAUUAAAAUGCAACUAUUGGACCUUUUAGAAGAGAGCCAGGUGCAACAAUGUCAUAUUUGCCGCUAAAUCACGUCGCCGCACAACUCUUCGAAGUUUUGAUGCCUUUGCUAUGCGGUGAUUGUGUCUAUUUUGCCGAUCGGGAUGCGCUCAAAGGCAAACUGACGGAGAACUUACGAAUUGCGCAGCCAACACGAAUAUUUGGCGUACCACGUGUAUAUGAGAAAAUACAAGAAGAACUGCUGUUGGCCGAAGCGAACUCUUCUUAUUUGUGGCGCUUGCUGUCAAGUUGGGCCAAGCGAACUUUAUUGAAGAGCUAUUUGUACAAUGCCGAGGGCAUUGAACCAAAAAGAACGCUCAGUUACAUAUACGCUUCAUGGAUCGUGCGAAAGUUUAAAGUUCAAGUCGGCCUCGGCCAGUGCGCUUACCUUUGGGCUGGCGGUGCGCCAUUAUCGGUGCAAACGAAAAAGUAUUUCCUUAGCAUGGACAUACCAGUCAGUGAUAUGUUUGGUGCUUCGGAGGCAGGUGGUGCUAUUGCAUUAACACGCAGCUAUUGCCAUUUGGACAGUAGUGGCAAAGUACUGUUAGGAAUUGAAGCUAAAAUCGAUAAGUCGAAUAAACAGGGGCAGGGCGAGAUUUGUCUACGCGGACGUUGCACAAUGAUGGGUUAUCUUAACAAUGUAGAAAAAACCCACGAAUGUAUCGACUCAGAUGGUUGGAUGCACACUGGCGAUGUGGGGCGCUUGAGCACUGACGGCUGUCUACAUAUUACCGGACGCAUAAAGGAUAUUGUGAUUACCGCAGGCGGAGAGAAUAUACCACCCCUUUACAUUGAGAACCUCAUUAAGGCUGAACUACCAUGUGUCAGUAAUGCUUUGGUGGUGGGCGAUAAACGAAAGUUCUUGGUUGUACUACUAACACUGAAAACGGACAUUGAGAGCGCCACUGGCUUACCACUUGACACUCUGAAUUUGGAUACCGUCUCUUGGUUGAAGUCGCUUGCCAUUCACCAUACGCGUUUGUCGGAAGUUCUAAAUAUCCCUGCGUAUACACCGAGCUAUGACUACAAAGGAUCCGUUAUUAAGCCGGAUCAAAAAGUUGUUGCUCAAAGGGUUCAGAAAUUCGCUAUGUUGCCUCAUGACUUCACAGUGCCAACGGGCGAGUUGGGUCCUACUUUGAAAUCGCGACGUGCUUUCAUUUGCGAGAAAUAUGCAGAUAUAAUAGAACCGUUGUAUAAGGAAGGCAGUUGAUUGUUAUUAAACAAUGUAUUAAAAGAAAAUAUUUUGUAGAUUUGUUGUUUCCCUGGAUAUAAUAAUGCCUCAGUUAUAGUUGUGCGCGCUUCCUAAAAAAGACUAAUAGCUAACAACAUUCUUCAGCAAUUCAGUAUCCCUGAUAUUAGCGAACAGAACAAUAAUUUCUGGUCUUCUGGAUGGGAAUAGGUCAUAUAUUGCCACUCUUCCAUAUCAUUGCCAAUUCUCAGGCUCAAAGGAUAACUUUAGUAUAAUAUUUUAAGUCAAUCAGUCGAAAACGAACUUUUGACUUUUGACAAGAGUUUGUACAACACAACUUGAUGACUGAGUAAAUUUUCUGACCUUUUUCUGCGCUUUACUUCAGAGGUGUACAAAGCGAAUGAGAUUUCCGGUUAAUCCUCUUUUUUUAACCAAAUAAACUCGACACUCUCAAAUUCUGAAAUUGAGAACCCUACAGAAGACAUGGUAGAAGGUAGUAAUUUGUUUGAAAAUAAGAUGAAGGACCACUACUUUAGUGGUGUUUAGAAAUAUGUGUAAGUUUGUCAAUAAAAAUAUCUUGUUAGAAAGCCUUUUCAGUUUAUAAUUUAUUUAUUUUUUAUUUAAAUUAACAUUUAUGUUUUGAAAUAAAAAAAUGCAAAGAAUGUUACGACUUAAUUUGUUCUGAAACUUUUUUAAUAAUUUAAUACAAUUUGAAUAAAAAUUGCAUCUAAGAUACAAAA